AUGGAUCCGGUGGAUCCGAUGGAUCUGGUGGAUCCGGUGGAUCCGAUGGAUCCGGUGGAUCUGGUGGAUCCGAUGGAUCUGGUGGAUCUGAUGGAUCUGAUAGAUCCGAUGGAUCUGGUGGAUCCGGUGGAUCUGGUGGAUCUGAUGGAUCCGGUGGAUCCGAUGGAUCUGAUGGAUCCGAUGGAUCCGGUGGAUCUGAUGGAUCCGAUGGAUCUGGUGGAUCCGAUGGAUCCGAUGGAUCUGAUGGAUCCGGUGGAUCCGAUGGAUCUGGUGGUUCCGAUGGAUCCGGUGGAUCCGAUGGAUCUGGUGGAUCCGAUGGAUCCGAUGGAUCCGAUGGAUCUGGUGGAUCCGAUGGAUCCGGUGGAUCUGAUGGAUCUGGUGGAUCCGGUGGAUCUGAUGGAUCCGGUCGAUCCGGUGGAUCCAUCGGAUCCACCAGAUCCGUCGGAUCCAUUUUUUUUUAGUAACUUAUAAGUUCAGUGUUUUGGGAUUUGAACCCACAAACCAAGUAGUACUGUGGACGGUGGUCUGUAAACACUGGCACAACUGCUUGUUCCCAUGCAUAAAUUUUUAACUAGUUUUUGGGAUUGGACUUAUUCAAAUUUGGAGGUGAUUUUGAACACAUAUUGGUAUGUUACUCAUUAUGAUAUGAGUAAAAUAUUGUUCGUUUAUACAUUGUUCUAGUUUCUAUAGCUUUUUAUUUGUCUUAUCAGUUGAAAUAUAUGUUGUGAUUGUUUACGAAAUAUAUUGAAUUAUUUGUGAAUGGUUCGUUCAUUUUAUGCAUGAUGAAACCCGAAAUUUAUAGUUUGAUGGUCACAACAAAUUUGAGCAUAAAAAUGUUAAAAUUGUACACCCAAAACACUAGGUAUUAUAUUCGAAAUCACUGGAACAUGACUAGUUUUAAAUAUGCUUGAACUGAAUUUCAUACAUGCAUGAUUUCAAAAGUUUUUAAACAGAUAACGCGAUCAGAACUUUUGAAAUCAUGCAUGUAUGAAAUUCAGUUCAAGCAUAUUUAAAACUAGUCGUGUUCCAGUGAUUUCGAAUAUAAUACCUAGUGUUUUGGGUGUACAAUUUUAACAUUUUUAUGCUCAAAUUUGUUGUGACCAUCAAACUAUAAAUUUCGGGUUUCGUCAUGCAUAAAAUGAACGAACCAUUCACAAAUAAUUCAAUAUAUUUCGUAAACAAUCACAACAUAUAUUUCAACUGAUAAGACAAAUAAAAAGCUAUAGAAACUAGAAUAAUGUAUAAACGAACAAUAUUUUACUCAUAUCAUGAGUAACAUACCAAUAUGUGUUCAAAAUCACCUCAAAUUUGAAUAAAUCCAAUCCCAAAAACUAGUUAAAAAUUUAUGCAUGGGGAACAAGCACAGGGGGCAGAAAAGUACGAUUGUAUUUUGUAAAUACCUUGUCAUCGAGCAAUAAUCCCAUAUUUAUAUCACAACAAUCCGAAGACAAAGUCAUAAAAGAAUCAAAAUUAGCCGAUUUUUAUAUUUUCGAAAAUAUCGAGCCUUCUACUUCAUGUAAUUUAAACAUCAUUGCAUUGCAACGACAAUUUCCGAACAUCUUACGAAAGGAUGCCGAGGGUAUAGCCCGUGUAAAAAGCAAGUCAAUCGUUCUAGUAUGAACCCACGAUAGUAUGGUAAUACAAUGUUUGAAUUACAUGAAGUAGUCGGUAUUAUAUUAUCGAAAAAAAUUUAAAAUCAACAUAAUUUUCAUCGUUUGAAACCUGGAUGAAACUAUGCGAUAUAUAGGACGAUGACAAGGUAUUUUAAAUAAACACAAUCGUACUUUUCUGCCCCCUGUGGAACAAGCAAUUGUGCCAAUGUUUAGAGACCUUACUGAAGAAACUAACAUGUGCAAUAUAAAUCUGUAUUUCUAGACCAUUAUUACUUGUUGAAAAACAAAAUCUCAAGACUUUGAUUUUUUUCAUAAAAGUUACACACAACUGACGUUACGCAAGACGAAAAACGACAUAUGCAUUAACCCCAAAUUUUAUUUCAUUAAAGUCUUUUAGUAUACUCAAUUUCAGCCAUUCUGUUCCAAUUUAUCGAGUAGAAGAAAGAGUAGAAGGCCUGCCGUAUCUAUCAUAUUGAAUGCAUAUUACAAACAUGGAAUGGGAAAUUAUUGGGUUUUUAGGCUAACUUAGUCAACCCUGUCAAAGCCAUGAUUUCAGUAGUGUUUUUGACGAAAACACUUACUUAGUACUACUAAUCAAACAUCUAAUCUUCAUGGUAGUAUCCAUAUUGUCACAAAAGAUACUCAAACCCGGUGAGUGGCAAAAUUAUACUUUGGUUAAAUUUCUCGAUUUAGUUCAAUUUCAGCACAUAUAAAUGCUGGGAAAUUCCGUCACCACGUUUGGGUUUACCGUAAAAUUGUGGCAAAAAUAAUCUUUUCGCUUUUGCUUAAAAAGCGAGUAUAUUUAACUGAUUUUUGAUAAGGUUGUUUUUUUAAAAACGUUGUAUUUCGUAUCUAAUAUAAUACCUCAGGCUUCUGUGGACACAACCAUAUGAGUAGGCAUAAAAUGUGACCCAAAGGUCAUUUUGAAUUAUGAUUAAUAUUUUGACUUUAAAUAUUCUUUUUGAAUUGUCAUGUAAUCGACUAUGCUGAGAAAAAUCAUUUUAUGAAAUAAAAUUUGAGCCAGAAUGAGUUUCAAUUUAUAUCAAUUGUUAUUAAACUUUUACUCGAACUUUAAAUUGUCUUGUAAUUGAGUAUAUACAAAGAUAAAUCAUUUUAUGAAAUAAACUUUAGGGCUAACAUACUCUUUGGACAUCAUUGUUGCCAAACCCUUCCCAUGUUAUUUUACAUCAGUAGGAUACUAUUUUUCAAAAAGUAACAAUUGCCCAAAAAUACAGAUCUUAAUUGCAAAUUUUCCAACCCAAUCUUCCACAGUACUAUUCAGCCCCGACCACGGACACUGCUUUUUUAUUAUUUUCCCCGAAGUUAUUAAAGGCCUGCGAAAAAAACUUCGUGCGCACACCCUAUUUAUACGUAUUAGUUAUUCCUUUAGAAUUGCUACACAUCGUGUGGGUACCGAUUGUACGCAACCCUAGCAUAGCAUAAUGUACGUUCAAUUUUGAACGAAAAUGCUGAAUGCAAACUUCCGACGACGCUAUUAUGACCGUACGUCGCUGAGCUUGCUCUACAGAGUGUUUUCAUGGCGACCAUGUUCAGGAACAAAUCUGGAUCGAAAUUAAUACGCAUUUCUUUUUUUAAAAAGCGAGUUUGCUCCUUAACAAACCACAUAAAAACACUCUAACCCUGGCGGUCUUUUCAUUAGAAAUAAUGCCGUAUUUACACUUAAUGCGCUUGUAAAUUGUCGUUACAACUUGAAUCUAAAGGCAUUUGCCAGAAACGCACAAUUCAUGCAAAUUGCAAAAUUGUCAAUUUUUUGUUUUCGCAAUUUUGUGAAUUAUUAUAAAGUAUUUUACGUUUCAUGUGAGUGUCGUAUAUUGCGCAGUUUGGACGCUUCUAAACUGUCUAACUCCCUAACUAUUUUGCGCACGCGACGGACCAUAUUAUCCGCAUGCAAACGCCCUGAAAAGGAAUAUCCCCGAAGAUAUUGAGCCGGAAUAACCGCCAUAAGAGAGGGGACCUAGUCACUGGUAGCGGACUAUUUUUUCAUGAAGUAAGACCGGCUACCAGGAAAAUACAUGCUUUACCUUACUACGGGAGAGAAAAUGUUUAAAAAAAACUUUGCCACCAUAAUUGUCUUAUUCUCGCCGAUCCAAACGACCAACAUGAUUUCCACCAAGUCUUCUUACGGGUACCAUUUGCACCCUCUAAGCUAUGGGUACCAUUUGUACCCCCUAACCUCAAGACAAACGAUGCCAGUUUUUUUUAAAAAAAAAAGGUUUAGGCCCUGUUUACAUGAGACCGGGACGAAAAUUGAAAUUGUCAAUAUCUUUACAUGAGACCGGUACGAAAAUCACAAAAUUUUCAACUUAUUCCCCUUGCCAGGGCAAUUUUCUUUUUCAGAUGGCUUUUGUUAGCAUGUGUUGUUCCAAUGUCAAGGUUACAGCCGAGACCGGUCUGAAAUGUAUUUCUGUUUACAUUCAUCCCGGUCUGAAUUCAUGCCGGUUUGAAGUCAGUCGGUUCGGUUCAGCAGGCGGAAUGACUUGAGACCGGUCUGAGUUAUUUUCGUCACCGGUCUCAUGUAAACAUCUAUUAUAAAUAAUACUAUGACCGAAACGAAAUGGUCCCGGUUUGACUUCGUUCCGGUCUCAUGUAAACAGGGCCUAAACAUAGUGGAGCCUUGCAGAGGAAAAUGAUCACCGAAGUCUCCGAGCUAACCGCUAACUGGUUACUGUAUCAAAAAAGUUGUCUUUGAAGUCGUCGUCAAUGUUGUCGUAUCUCCCACCGGGAGCUUCCGGGGUUGCUUCAGGACUGUAUUCACAAUGUGGAUCAAGGAUACAUAGACAUAGUGUAUGUAUUAUUGUCUGACAGGAAACUUAGACAAUCCGUUAAAUGAUAGACAGUGUUGAAUCCAAUCCCAUACUGACCUGUUUUUGCAGGGUCAUCUCGCUUGCUUCCAAUCCCAAUCCCAAGUUUUGCAAAUUUUCUUGGACUUCACUCGUGGUGGUCUGAAGUACGCGCACGUGGGGAAGGUUUGCUUUUUGUAAAUUAACUGAUGUUCUUUAUUCGAUCGGUUAGUUUCUCGAAUUGCCCAAAAAGUAUAGGGAUCGCGUUACCAUAUUUUUCUCUUUUUUGCUUAUUACUUUUUUCCUCACGGCGUCGACUAGGUCUAGGCAAACCGCCACAGUUGGUGCAAUUACGGUGGUCCCUAGCUAAAAAUUAAGAAUAUUUCAUUUUCAGUAUAUACAGUGACUUGAUUGAUAACACACUGAUCUUCAAUAUAAUUAAACUAUAGGAUUGUUGGAACUUCUGAUCUUACGAUAAGGUUCGCAAACCGGGUUUGCGUCUUUACUCACAUGCACAUAACCACUAAUGACUUUAAAAAGAAAGACCAAGUCUAGAUAUUCAUGCCAAGAAAGACCAAGUCAAGAUAUCGGCAGUAGAUCCAACUUCUGAAGGAUGUAGGCCAAGGACAUAGUUGGUUAACUCUGAAUCGUUUCAAGAUCCCUUGCCAACUCGACAGAUUUGUGACGCAUAAGCAAGACCACGGCACCACGCGCCAGUUGAAGAUAUAAGAACUUAAAUGACAAUGUGUCAUUAUACUGUAGAGGUUCAGAUUUUGACUUUCAGUAUCGCUACUAUUGACUAAUCAGAUGCAUUUGAUCUAUCAGAUUAACCAAUCACAAAUGCGUAUUCAGCCUGUGAGAGGUAGUCAAAUCUGUACCUGUCUAAUUUCCAACACAGCUAGUGCGCCUAACCUAACCCAACAUCUUGUUGGGCUUUGAUACGAACCUCGCAGAUAUGGUCGGCUUCCAAUUCAAAUGUAUUAGUAUUCCUAGGUCUGCCUUAGUCUCUGUAAGACUGGGUCAUCUCGAAGCGACAAAUGAAGUACGAGUUAACCUUCCUGGUCAUGUUAAAACUCAAGCGGAUGUCGUUGGACUAAGAAACAAUGUUAUCAAAAUUUCUUUGUAA